AACAGGUUAUGGUGUCCACUUGACACAUUAUUAACUCUCUCUCUCUCUCUCUCUCUCUCUCUCUCUAGUCUCUUCCCUAUAAAUAUAUGCGUUACUAAUAAGCGUAACACAUCAUAUAAAGUUCAACUUGUUUAUUAUUCACCACAUUCCAGUUGAGCGACUUUUAAUUGUACGUAUAACUGCUGUAUUUUUGUUGAGGCAUGAAGAGGUUACAAUUUGGAGAGGAAGCAGUGGAGUUGGAAGGCACCACCAACAUGGCACAGAUAUUGAUGCUCCUCUCCCGCGAAGGCGGCGGCGGUGUCGGUGGCGGCGGUGAGGAGAUCGAAUAUAGCCGGUUUUCCGGGGGCCGGUCGUCGCCGGCCCGCGUGUUCGAGUGCAAGACGUGCAACCGCCAGUUCCCGUCCUUUCAGGCGCUCGGCGGCCACCGCGCAAGCCACAAACGACCGCGGCUGGCGGGCGCCGACAAUAACAACAAUAAUAAUAGUCAUGGGCAUACAGAGAUGAAGGCGAAGCCGAGGGCCCACGAGUGCGCGAUAUGCGGGCUCGAGUUCGCGGUGGGGCAGGCGCUCGGCGGACACAUGCGGCGCCACCGAGUCGCCGCCGCGGCCGUCGGUGGGGAGGCGUUGGGGCACGAAAGCGGCGCCGCUGCGGCCGCGGCGGGCGAAAACAAGGGGGAGGAGAGGAGGGGGAGGAGGAUGCUGUGGUUGGACUUGAACUUGACCCCGUCGGAGAACGAAUUGAAGUGCCGGAACACUACUAGUAUUGUUGGGCUCGCACUGGGGAGCGUGCAUAAGUUUCCUAUGGUGGUGGAUUGCACCUUUUAAUUUUAAUCCAUUCAUAGUUCAUCAUAUAUGUCACAUAGUUUCUUUCUUCUUCUUCUUGUUUUUUGGAUAGUUUAUUAUUUUGGUGUUUUAUAAUUUUGGUCCUGUUUUAGUGGUCGUGGAUAAUUAGGAGUGAGAGUCGUAUCUUUCAGGGGGAAGUGUUUGUAUUUAUUUGGCUUUCUUGAUGUACAUAAUUGUUAAUUGAUGGUUCAUUUUUUGCAUUUCA